AUGACAGAGACAUUGAAUGUCAUAGUCAAUAACGGAUCAAGUGUAGGCGCUUAUACACUUGAUCUGAUUGCGCCUCCGAAGUUAACUUCGGAGAUCACUCAGUUGCCAACGCUCGAACAUAAAAGGUUCUUGCGUGAUCUGCGUAGUGGCAAAGUCAAGCAGAUCUGCAUACUCGUCGCUGACGACGAGUGUGUAACCGACAUAAGGUCAGCAACAGUGUUCACUGAGAACGAGAGUCUUCUCAGUAGUUCAUCUAUGGACGAGAGUGUCCUGGAUGAAAAGACACGAAUUGAGCGAUAUGACUCCCAAUCGUGGGAAUCGCUCAAGAAAAAUCCUCUCUAUGAAGAUUUGGUUGAAUUCAAGGAUGUAUUCCCUGAAACUGUACCGUGCGAAUUACCGAAGGAUAAAGGUAUUCGACACGAGGUCGAGCUUAAACCAGGAUCAAAGUACUGUGUCAUGAAGCAGUGGCCACUGCCUCGUGAACAAGUACUUGCGAUCGACAAGUUCUUUGCCGAUCGUUUAGCUGCGGGCCAUGUGAGGGAAUCAACUUCCCCACAUAGCUCUCCGACCUUCUGUGUGCGAAAAGCAACAGGAGGGUGGCGGAUAGUGCACGCGUUCAACAAAUUGAACGCUGCAACGGUACCGGCUCAGACGCUGAUACCGAGGAAGGACAUAAUCAUUGAUGGUAUGUCAAAGAGUACCAUCUUUUCGUCCAUGGAUUUGAUGGAUGGCUUCUAUUAA